AUUUAACCCAGUAGAAGCAGAGACCAGCGUCAAUGUCCAUGUUCCCUAGGCAGUGGGUGCUUCAGCAACGGGCUUGUUGGAUUCCACUCUCUCUCUCUUUCUCUUCCUCUCUCUCUCCCUCCCUCUCUCUCCCCCACUUUCUCUCUCUCUCUCCACCUCAUCAUCAUCGCGCUCUCUCUUUCACUUCACGCCUUCACGUGCGCGGAGUUGGUGCCGCGCGAACGCCGAUCUCAGCCGCCGGCUCACGAGGGGGACGCAGCGUGGGAGCUUGAGCGAGGGAGACGGAGGCUCUCAGCGCAGGGGAGGAGAAACUUGAGGGGAGACUGGGCUCCUCUGUGAACAUGGACUGCUGUGCUCUCUGAGCUUAGGGUCUCUGCUCCUCGUCCUGGGGGCUGUGGCAGCUGGGCUCCCCCCGUCACACUGCGAGGCUGCAUCCAGGAGGCCGAUCCACAGCGUGCCCAGACCAACGCCAGGCGAUAGACACACCACUUUGCCCCCCUGGAAAAUCCCUGAGACCAGCUGUUGCUCCUGUUUUUGGGGCCGUCCUCUCUCGUACCGCGACGGUAACUCGCGUCCAUCCUCGUGCGCAUUUGCGUGAGUACGUGUAAGGGCACAGCGGCAAGGCCGGGAUGCAGGUGUCUUUCGUGUGCAGCGACCACCGGGCGGUGAACCGCAGCGCGGAGGACCGGCUGAACCGGCAGAAUGCGAGCAGCCCGGGCACACGCAGCAAGUUCCGUGCCGUCGCGAUGGUUGCCCGCAGCUUGGGUCAGCUGUCCGUGCAGAACACGCCCUCUACUGGCGACCAGGCCACCCGCACCGGCAUGAAAUACAGAAACCUUGGAAAAUCUGGACUGAGAGUCUCCUGCCUUGGGCUAGGAACAUGGGUCACCUUUGGAGGCCAGGUCACGGAUGAGAUGGCGGAGCAGCUGAUGACCUUGGCGUACGAGAAUGGGAUCAACCUGUUUGACACGGCGGAGGUUUACGCCGCAGGAAAGGCAGAAGUGGUCCUUGGAACCAUAAUCAAGAAGAAGGGAUGGAGGCGCUCCAGUCUGGUCAUCACCACCAAGAUAUUCUGGGGUGGAAAGGCGGAAACUGAAAGAGGGUUAUCCAGAAAGCAUAUAAUAGAGGGGCUGAAGGCUUCCCUAGAGCGGCUGCAGUUAGAUUACGUGGACGUGGUGUUUGCCAACCGGCCUGACCCCAACACGCCUAUGGAAGGAGAUCCAUUUAACAGUUCAAAGUCAAGACCAUUCAUCAUAGAAGAGACGGUGCGAGCGAUGACCCAUGUGAUCAACCAGGGGAUGGCCAUGUACUGGGGCACUUCUCGGUGGAGCUCCAUGGAGAUUAUGGAGGCAUACUCUGUAGCAAGGCAGUUCAACCUGAUCCCACCAAUCUGCGAGCAGGCCGAGUAUCACAUGUUCCAGCGGGAGAAGGUGGAGGUGCAAUUGCCAGAGCUGUUCCACAAAAUAGGUGUGGGCGCAAUGACAUGGUCGCCGUUGGCCUGUGGGAUCAUCUCAGGGAAGUACGACAGCGGGGUGCCGCCGUGCUCGCGCGCCGCUCUCAAGGGCUACCAGUGGCUGAAAGACAAGAUCCUGAGCGAGGAGGGCCGGCGUCAGCAGGCGAAGCUGAAAGAGCUGCAGGCGAUCGCGGAGCGGCUGGGCUGCACGCUGCCUCAGCUCGCCAUCGCGUGGUGCCUCAGAAAUGAAAGCGUGAGCUCAGUGCUGUUGGGAAGCUCCAACACAGACCAGCUGAUGGAGAAUAUAGGAGCAAUACAGGUUCUUCCAAAGCUGUCGUCCUCUAUCACUCACGAGGUGGAUAGUAUCCUAGGCAACAAACCCUACAGUAAAAAGGACUACCGGUCCUAACGACGGCGCCGACUGCUGGAUGGCUUUGCUCAAAUUCUGCCUGUUCUUCUGUUUGUCUCAGCUUCGUCUGAUGGAGCUUCACAUGGGACCAGCGUAGCCCUGGUCCUGGAGGGUGACAUCAUUUAGAUCAGUAUUUCCCCAUCCGGUCCUUGGGGACCCACAGAUUGUCCACGUUUUUGCUCCCUCUCACCAGGAGCUGGGAGGGAGCAAAAUCAUGGACCGAUCCCCAAGGACCGGAUUGGGAAACAUUGAUUUAGAUUAACACAACUUUCAAAUACAUGAAACAAUUUUAAUCGGUUAGACGGAUGUAGAAUGAAAUUGACUUGUAGAUAACUCUGUAAUGCAUUUAAUUUAGCAAAAAAGGAUAUUUUUAAAACAUAGGAAAAAACUAUCAACUUAAGCAGAUGUUUGCUUGGCAGUCAUUUGCUGUCUUUUUCCAUUGAUCUUUUAAUCACGUGAUAUGCUAUAAGAAAUUUAGGUCAAGUUAUAGGGAAUUAGGUCAAGAUAAAUUACAAUAUCAAAAAAAACCUUUGAUCUUGAUCCAUGAAAGCCAUCAUUAUUUAUUUUCUAUUAUUUUAUGUAAAAAAAAAUGACAUCAGUUCCUUGUAAGUAUGUUUACUUGCUUGCUGUUGAACCCAUACAUAUUCAUGUAUGUAUGCAGUACUUUUGAAGGCUGUUGUCCAACCUUUGUCCAGUUCUGAAGUCACAUGAUCAAAACGUACACCGACUAUCAAUCAGCUGUUUUGCACACACGUUCCCUGUUUCUUACAGACCGUCACCUGAGUAACUGUCAGCGACGUUAGCCCAGCACACGCAGCGGUGUCGCUAAAUGAUAAAUGAGGUUUCUGUCAGGGUCCUGUCUCAGGAUGAAUCUGGCUAUUUAAACGCAGCUGUUUUUUGUCACUAUAAGCACGUACCUUUACAAUGUUUUACACUGACAGAAUGUCACAGGCACAUUCCGGCCUCCAGUCCUUAUUGGAGAUGUUUAUUGUAACCGGAGCUGUCAUCAGACGGACAGGGAUGUGACACGCGGGCCAUUCAGGGCUUUGUCCCGGAAAGGUCUCCCUGCUCCAGUCUCCUUCUGCGCCAGCUCAGCAGUGAACCACUCUCACCAGUAGCAGGGUGGCCUCACAUUGCAGAACCACGCAGUGCAUAUAGCCAGGUACGUCUCUUCCAGACAGCACACGGCUGAAGUGGGGGCUCGUAGAUAUCCUCCCUCACCCCCUUUUUAUAUACGUCCCCAUUACACACCUUUUCCGUGCUGCAUGCUUGGCAUAUUUGUCAUAUUCCCAACAAAAUAUUCCAGCGCAGUGAUGGUCCUGUGUAAUCUACAUGACAUUUGCUGCAUCUCUCCAUCUCCCUGUUUUCCUGGGGGUCCUCCAGUAAAGUUUUCUCAUUUUAAUAUUUAAUCUAGCAGGAAUAGAUGUUCUCUGGUUGUGGAGGGGGUGGUAGUGAUGGUUGGGGGGGGGGGUGAUUAAUUCCCUUAAGCAUCAGGCACUUAUUUCUUUAAUGCAAUUUAAUUUAUAAUUUAUAAUUGGUGCAAUAGUUAAAUUAUCCACUUAUUUUCCAUUAUUGAGUUACUUGCUUUAAUUUCACGUGCUUUAAAUAAAAAUUACUCUUUAAAUAUUUUUGUUCAAUGAAUGUACAAGAGACACAGCUGUGACUAAGGAACAAAAUUGUAGUACUGACUUAAAUAUUGUGAUUUUCUAAAAUAUCCAGCGUGAGGGUUCGUCCUUCCCAUUGAAAUAGCACAGGGUAACAUCGCUCCUGUUUUUUUACACUCCAGUUGCUGAGUAAGAGGAGCACUUUGUGUAAAAUGCAAAGAUGGACAAUUUGCCAACAGAUGGACCCAGUAAUUAAUAACAGUAGCAUAGUUUGCCACUUAAUAAGAGUUUCUCAUCUUCCUAGCAGCUUGAAUUUGGCUGGAGGUACAAAGAAUGAUCCAGCCAGACGAGAAAUUUCAAUGAAUUAGGGGCUGAACUUUGUUCUGAUUUCUUUGUGCAUCUGAUUAUGUUUUUUUGUUUGAAUGUUGCUCCCCCUACUGGAAAAAGCAGAAACUGUCUGCAUCAUUGCUGUUUUGGGCACACUUGCAUGUGCACCAACAUCAGAAAUUAGCCACACUUUCAGUCCUGUUACCAGUAGCGGUGAAGGAUGCGGCAUUGUGCUGUAAAGAAAGCUCUGUGAGACUUCUACAGACCACAGACGCGUUAAAGUGGUCCCACCACUGAUCUAUGCAUGACUAUUUUCUCAGUAUUAGCAGUUAUUGCUUGCUGCUCUGUAAGGAAAAAUGGUACAGUAUCAAACUUUACAUAUACAUGUAAACUGUAUUUUAUUAUGUUUUGAAAUAUCUUUUUCAAUGUUACAUGACAUGAAAAUUGCACUUAUAUGUACUCAUACUGUACCAACUACAUAAUGACAUAUGUACGCUUAUAACCAUUUCUAAGUGGGGUUCCAGCACAGGGCUGUUUACUUAUGUGUCGAGCAGAAAUGCUGGAAACUAAGCCUGACGUAAGCUGGACAUGCAAAUAUCUCAGUAGAGAAGAGCUGUUAAUGUCACGGUUUUACUAUAUCAAAGUGAGGAAUUUGACCUUUGGAUGUUCCAAUGUUAUUGCGAACCACGAAGUUGGCAAGAUGCCAGCAAUGCUGAGUUAUGUUUAGUCUGUACACAUGAUAUUAUCUGUAUCAAAGCCCUGAUAGCUAACAUCUGCGGUCAACAACUGACCCUGCAGUUGACUGACCCUCAACUCCAGUCAAUACCUUUCUCUGCUUCUCAAUUUCAUGCGCUGUGAUCAACAAUAUCUUGUGUUUUCAAGAGGUUUGCCGAAAUGGCAUGUAACCUGUGUGAAUGUUUUUUUUUAUUUUUAGUUAUUUUAUUUGAUCAUUGACAUGAUUUGAGACUUUAUGUAUUUACAUACUUAAUGCAAAAAAGGCAUUUUGUAUCCGGCCUUGUUGCUGUGAGGAAAAUGAAAAUAUUGGAAUACAACAAAAAAAAACACACAGCCUUUAAAAAGUUGCUAUUUAUGGCUGUAUGACCCAGUGCUCAGGCUAUUGAUGAUCACCUUCUCUGCUCGAAGAACCAAAGAUUACUAUAGAGCAACUGUGUUUUUUUUUUCACAAAAGAAAAAAAUGUUCAUUUUAAAGUGAAGAAUACCAGGAAUAGAACAUCCUGGUGCAAUAUGUCAGCUUAUAUCAUUGAUUCUGUACCAUCGAUUUAUAAAGUUUGUGUCAUACGCAUUUGUUUUCAACCGAUGGCACAGAGAGGAUUAAACACAUCAAAGUUUCGUUUGACUUGUUCGGCUCCCGCUGCCCAGCCCUCCCCCGUCGUGCCCCUUGUCGUGUCUGCAUGCAGCAUGGUAGGUUUGUCUGGCCUCGGGGAUUGAGGCGCUACAGUCCGCCCCACCGGCCAUUCCUGCAAGUCGCAUCAUCGUCUGACACCUCUCCACAACAUCUUAGCUAGGCGAGAUCCUUCAUCUCUUCCCCGCAGCUGCGUCGUUGCGUGUGUGGAUCGCAACACACGGAUCCAGGAACACACAGGCACCGGGAAAAUGUAAAUAAAAGCCAUCUUCAGCUUUGUCAGGAGAAUUUGCGGAAUGGCAGACCCAGGAAUUGUGGCUUCUCUUAUGUUGUCCUGUAGCCAUCAAGGUCAGUCGCCUCUGGAGUGUGGGACCACAGUGAGCAGAAGUCAUAUGAUGUUAAAGGCUGCUGUAUUAAACUGCUCUCUUAUAUACUAAUGACAAGAAAUAAGAAGUGGGAAGCAAGUUGGGUUUGAGCUUAGCGAUACUGUCAAACAUGUUACUCUAAUUCUAAUAGAAGUCAAAGCAUUGUAUUUAAAAAUGUAUCCUAUUUUUUAACAUGCACACAUUUUCUGUCGGAAGUGACUCUGGUGAAAAACAGAAAAUAUUUCUAAUGUUCAAGGAAUUAUAUGUAAUAACUGCUAGCAGACUGUACAUUUUCAGCCCUAAAUGACAAUAACCUUCAGACACUUUCUUGUAUAUAGUGUGAUAUUUGUAUAUAUGAGUGGCUGUCAUUAGUCCACUGCUUGUUUUACUUUCAUCAGAGAGCAGAGCUUAAUAUGUAUUGUGCUUAAAACUGAAUUCAGGACAGUAUGCACAGCUACAGUAUGUAAGAAAUGAAAAUAAAAACUUAUGAAAGGUAA